UGCAAGCCCGCGCUGAGGAAAUAGCUGCGAGAGAAAAUGAGGAAGCGAGCGCUCCAGUCACCCUGAACGGACUCGGGGGCUCAGCAGGCGUGGCGGCCCCGGCCCCGGCCCCGGCCCCAGCAGCCAGAGUUCUGUUUCCCGGAGCCGCAGCUGGCGCAGAGGGAGGCGAGGCGACCUCCCCGAGGAUUUGCGCGCGCCCUCGCUGUGGCUGGCGCGCUCGUCUCCCCAAACGACGCUUGGAAGGCCUGGGCUAGCCAGGGGAGGCGCCUGCUUUGGCUUCCUAGUUUCCCCGGCUGUUACACGCAGGUGCACAUUAAUUGCUACAAGGUAUUUAGAAAAAUGGCCAGUGCUGCUAAUUCUAACAGUCAUCUCCCCUAUUUCUUUGGCAACAUCACACGUGAGGAAGCUGAAGAUUACCUCAUGCAAGGAGGGAUGAGCAAUGGAUUGUAUUUACUGCGAAAGAGCCGGCAUUUUUUGGGAGGCUAUGCCUUGUCCUUGGUUUAUGAUAGCAGAGUUUAUCAUUACACCAUUGAGGGGGAAAUGAAUGGCUCAUACGCCAUUGCAGGAGGAAGAUCUCACAGAAGUCCUGCAGAACUCAUUAACUACCACUCAGAUGAAGUUGAUGGUCUUGUUUGCCUUCUCAAGAAACCCUAUAAUCGACCACCAGGAGUGGAACCAAAAACAAGUCCGUUUGAAGACUUAAAGGAAAAUUUAAUCAAGGAAUAUGUCAAACAAACAUGGAACCUGCAGGGUUAUGCCCUGGAUCAAGCAAUUAUUAGUCAGAAACCACAACUAGAGAAAUUGAUUGCUACAACAGCACAUUUGAGGAUGCCCUGGUUCCAUGGGAUGAUAACUCGGAUUGAAUCAGAGCAACGCAUUCUUCUAGGGACGAAAACCAAUGGGAAAUUUUUAAUCAGGGAAAAAGAAGCCAAUGGAUCUUUUGCUCUCUGUCUUCUCCAUGAAGGAAGGGUAGUACAUUAUCGCAUUGAUAAAGACAAGAGGGGAAAGCUGUCAAUUCCUGAAGGAAAGAAAUUUGAUACACUCUGCCAGCUAGUGGAACAUUAUUCUUACAAAGCAGAUGGGCUGCUAAGAAUCAUCAAAGAUCCAGUACCAAGUCCAAAUUUUCACUCUACAAAUGGCAGUUUUGAUCUUGGACCUUGCCCACCGCUUCCUGGUCGUGAUAAGACUUUGUCAACAGGUGGAAUUUUCUCCAGACUCAAAUCAUACACUUUCCCAAAGGCAGGAAGCAAGAAGUUACCUUUACCUCCGCGUGCCUACAGCGACGAUACUGCUGUGCCUACAACAUCUAACACUUAUGAAUCCUCGAAAGCAGAGGCAGGCUAUCAGAGGGAAGCCUUACCAAUGGACACUGCAGUCUAUGAAAGUCCAUAUGCAGACCCAGAAGAGAUGAAAGCUAAAAAUGUCACUCUUGACAGAAAUUUACUGACUCUGGAAGACCAAGAACUUGGCUCUGGUAACUUUGGUACUGUAAAGAAAGGCACUUAUGAAAUGAGAAAGGGUAAGAAAACAGUGGCUGUGAAAAUUCUCAAGAAUGAAAGUAAUGAUCCAGCCUUAAAGGAUGAACUGCUGAGAGAAGCAAAUGUAAUGCAGCAACUGGAUAACCCAUAUAUAGUCCGGAUGAUAGGUAUAUGUGAAGCUGAAUCUUGGAUGCUGGUAAUGGAAAUGGCUGAACUUGGCCCCUUGAAUAAAUAUUUAAUAAAACACCGAGAUGUUACAGAAAAGAAUAUAACAGAACUGAUCCAUCAAGUUUCCAUGGGGAUGAAAUACUUGGAGGAAAACAACUUUGUGCACAGAGAUUUGGCAGCAAGGAAUGUGUUACUGGUUACACAACAUUAUGCCAAAAUCAGCGACUUUGGACUUUCAAAAGCUCUUGGCUCUAAUGAUUAUUACAAGGCAGAACAUUAUGGGAAAUGGCCUGUCAAGUGGUAUGCUCCAGAAUGUAUGAAUUUCUUCAAAUUUUCUAGCAAGAGCGAUGUUUGGAGCUUUGGUGUGUUAAUGUGGGAAGCUUUUUCCUAUGGGCAAAAGCCAUACAAGGGCAUGAAAGGAGGAGAUGUUGCUCAGCUGAUUGAAAGAGGAGAGCGAAUGGAACGUCCACCAGCUUGCCCAGUUGAGGUCUAUGAUUUAAUGAAAUUGUGUUGGACAUAUAAUGUUGAUGAUCGGCCAGGAUUUUCGACAGUGGAGCGCAGGCUGCGCCAGUACCACUAUGAAAUUGCACAGUGAGAGUAUUGUGACUCAUAUUAAUGGGUUGUGAAAGAAGACACCACAGAGGCAGAUAGCAGCAUGAGAGUUCGUCUUUCAAAACUACUCUCCUGACGGUGUUGCUCUCCAGCAGGGAGAGCAGCAGCAGCAACAAAGCUUUGCUCGGAACCACCUUUGCUUUGGCUGUUUUUCAGAGCAUUUUUCACAUCAAUGGUGUCUUUAAAAGUAUGAUGCUAGGUGGUCUUUGGUCAUUUGUUACAUUUUUAUCCUCUUGAUUUUGGACUGGUACAGAUUUUAUUGGGGACUGGAAUAAUUGUUUUGUUAUUUGCUGACACCAAGCACUUUUCCUGCUUUUAGUAGAGUUUCUAUAGUAGUAUCAGACCUUCACAGUGUUAAAUGUUAAGAAACAUAAUUACUGCCACUUUCAGAGACUUUCUUCAAGGUUUCCCAAGCAGGGGUUGCUUUUGAACCAGAACUGAGCCCAUAAUCUCUUCUAAAUAAGGACCAAACUUGAUGAGAUGUCAAGUUGUGCCAGUUCAGAUUGUGGCUGUGUGGGACAAGAAGAAACAAACUAUGUAACUAUUCUUCCCUUAUGGUCCAAAAUUACAUUUUGCUAUUUUUUA